AUUUGCAUCUAAUUUCAAGAUCCUUGCUAUUAGGAAUAUAAAAAAUCUACUAAUGUUUCUCUGUCUCAUUACGAGCUUUAUAAACUGCAGAAGCUGUCAAAAUUACUGUCAUUCGACUGUCAAAAGUGACAUUGAGCUUGUGGGAGAGGGGAGCGGUUUACCUACUUCAGUGAGCGGAAUAAACAAUCGAUUUUAUACUGCUGUUUUACUGUACAAAUAAAAAAUAUGCAGAAGUACGAAAAACUAGAAAAGAUCGGCGAGGGGACGUAUGGUACUGUGUUCAAGGCUAAGAAUAAAGAGACACAUGAAAUAGUGGCUCUGAAACGGGUGAGGUUAGAUGACGACGAUGAAGGGGUACCGUCCUCCGCUUUACGUGAAAUAUGUCUGCUGAAAGAACUGAAGCAUAAGAAUAUAGUCCGACUAUACGACGUCUUGCAUAGUGAAAAGAAAUUGACUCUUGUAUUUGAACAUUGUGAUCAGGAUUUGAAGAAAUAUUUUGAUAGUUUGAAUGGUGAGAUAGACCUGGAUGUUGUGAAGUCUUUUAUGUACCAGCUGCUUCGUGGACUGGCAUUCUGCCAUAGUCACAAUGUCCUGCACCGAGAUUUGAAGCCACAGAAUUUACUGAUAAAUAAAAAUGGCGAAUUGAAAUUAGCCGAUUUUGGGUUGGCUAGAGCUUUUGGGAUCCCUGUGAAGUGUUAUUCUGCAGAGGUUGUAACUCUGUGGUAUCGGCCUCCGGAUGUACUAUUUGGCGCCAAGCUGUACACGACGAGUAUCGAUAUGUGGUCUGCUGGAUGUAUAUUUGCUGAGCUUGCUAACUCUGGGAGACCUUUGUUCCCUGGAUCUGAUGUUGAUGAUCAAUUGAAAAGAAUUUUCAAGCUUCUGGGAACUCCAAAUGAGGAUACAUGGCCUGGUGUGACACAGUUGCCUGACUACAAGCCCCUGCCUGUGUACCAGCCUAGCUUAGGGCUGGCGCAGGUGGUGCCUCGUCUGCCAGCUCGCGGCAGGGACCUCCUUGCCCGUCUCCUCACCUGCAACCCAGCUCUAAGGAUGCCUGCCGACGAUGCCAUGGCUCAUGCCUACUUUCAUGACCUCAACCCAUCAGUAAAGAAUGAUCGAUGUUAACAAUCAAUACGUCCGUACCGCUGCACCUCUGAACUACUGGUUAGUGAUAAAAACAAUGAUGUUGAUGCGGUGCAAGAGUGUUGUGACGAA